UUUGUCGGUGGCUUUUUUUUUUAUCUUUCAAAUGUUUUCGCUUCCCGCCGGAAUAAUGCAGUCAUAUAUUCCCAUCAGUGACAGUUUCUCGGGACGAGACCCUUGGACUGUAACGAACGGAGGAAAAUUAGCAAACAAGCGUGCGGAGUGGUAGGAGUAGGUUAGACGGCGCCGAGCCGCCGUAGCUAACGUUAGUUAUCCGAGUCUCGGCUCUACCGGGCCGGCUCGCGCAGGGCUGGAGCGCGCGCCAUUUUGUGAACAUUGACAUAAAAUCUCAUAGAAAAGUGAUACUUUUAUAGAGAUGCAUUUUGAGAGCAUGUCGUAUGAGAAAUGUGCUAUUAUUGAUGGGGAGCUCUGAGGGUGUUGUAAUCUGUUGUCUGUGUUGGGCUAGUGUGGACAUUGAGUGUGUUCUUAUGUGAAGAGCAGCGGUGUACGUAGCUGGUUAGCCUACUAGCUAGCUGGUUAGCCACACUCGUUAAUCUCCGACCUAGCAUUAGCUAAGGUUUCAUAGCUGCUGUUUUAAAAGUUGUGCGCCAGGCUGGUCGUGGACGUAACCACAAACAGUGACUGACAUUCGGAAAAUCAGGUUGGGCUGCCAUGUUUGGUGCAUGUUAGUUGCAAUAAGGGCCGUUUAGCUAGGUUAGCUAUCCGGAUAGCUAGUUUAGCCACCGUUGGCUACAUCCGGAUUGGAAAUCUGGGUGUCUGUGUCUUUGGAAGUAUCGUUGCUAACGUUACAGAAGCUGGAUAAGUGGCUUUACCGUUACUAAAUCUGGGACUUUAAAUGAAGAUCACACCAUCAAAGUGGGUUGUGGUUUGCUGCUGGACUCUUCUCCCAGGAUGAUAUGAAAUUAUACAGGCGACGAUGCAUCCAGGGGGAGAGACCUCAGCAUGCAAACCUUCGUCCGUCCGGCUUGCACCCACUUUUUCUUUCAGUGCUGCUGGUCUUCAGAUGGCUUCUCCAAUGCCUCAUUCACACCAGCAGUACAGUGACUGUCACCAGCAGAAUACAGACCAGUCUGUCACUGUACUGCCAUACAGUGAACAGACACAAGCACUCACUGCCAUCCAGAGGCACAUGCCCCCGUGCUUUCGUGACCCAUCUGUAGCUCCUUUGAGGAAGCUCUCCAUUGACCUGAUCAAAACCUACAAACACAUUAAUGAGGUAUAUUAUGCAAAAAAGAAGCGGCGGCACCAACAGGGUCAAGGUGAAGACUCCAGCCAUAAGAAAGAGAGGAAGGUCUUCAAUGAUGGCUAUGAUGAUGACAACUAUGACUAUAUCGUCAAGAAUGGGGAGAAGUGGAUGGACCGUUAUGAAAUUGAUUCUCUAAUUGGAAAAGGGUCUUUUGGCCAGGUUGUAAAAGCUUACGACCGUGCUGAGCAAGAAUGGGUAGCAAUUAAGAUCAUCAAGAACAAAAAGGCUUUUCUCAAUCAAGCUCAGAUUGAAGUGCGGCUUCUUGAACUCAUGAACAAACAUGACACAGAGAUGAAAUACUAUAUAGUUCAUCUGAAGAGGCACUUCAUGUUCCGGAAUCACCUUUGCUUAGUAUUUGAAAUGCUGUCAUACAACUUGUAUGACUUGUUACGAAAUACAAACUUUAGAGGGGUUUCCUUGAACCUGACCCGGAAGUUCGCCCAGCAGCUGUGCACCGCCCUGCUCUUUCUUGCCACUCCUGAGCUCAGCAUCAUACACUGUGACCUCAAGCCAGAGAACAUCUUGCUGUGUAACCCCAAGAGAAGCGCCAUUAAAAUAGUGGACUUCGGAAGCUCCUGCCAACUUGGACAAAGGAUAUAUCAGUAUAUACAAAGUCGAUUCUAUCGCUCUCCUGAAGUGCUUCUGGGGAUGCCGUAUGAUCUGGCUAUAGACAUGUGGUCACUGGGAUGCAUACUGGUGGAGAUGCACACAGGAGAGCCUCUGUUCAGUGGAGCCAAUGAGGUGGACCAAAUGAACAAAAUCGUUGAAGUUCUUGGCAUCCCACCGAAUCACAUAAUGGACUUGGCACCAAAAGCCAGAAAGUUCUUUGAGAAGUUGUCAGAUGGGACAUGGAGUAUAAAGAAGACCAAAGAUGGGAAAAGGUACAAGCCUCCAGCUUCUCGUAAGCUCCAUGCCAUCCUGGGAGUGGAGGCUGGGGGUCCAGGAGGUCGACGGGCUGGUGAAUCUGGCCACGCAGUAGCUGACUACUUGAAGUUCAAGGAUCUCGUACUCAGAAUGCUGGACUAUGACCCUAAGACCCGAAUCCAGCCCUACUACGCCCUCCAGCACAGCUUCUUCAAGAAGACGGCAGAUGAAGGAACCAACACGAGCAGUAGUGUUUCAACAAGUCCUGCACUUGAGCAGUCGCAGUCCUCAGGGACCACUUCUAGUACAUCCUCAAGCUCAGGAGGAUCAUCUGGAACGAGCACCAGUGGCAGAGCGAGGUCUGAUCCAACUCACCAUCAUCGACACAGUGGAGGUCACUUUGGCACUACCAUGCCAACUAUAGACUGUGACAACCUCUGCCCUCAGACAAGACAGCCUUACCAUCCACCUGUAGUUUGGACUGGUGGUGUUGGACCAGAACCUGUCACUGUAGAGACACAUCCAGUCCAAGAGACCACGUUUCAUGUGCCUCCCCAGCAUCCUAAAGUGUUGCGCCCUCACCACCACCACCACCACCACCAUCACCACCACGCCCACCAUCAUGGACAGGUCAUAGCUCUCUCUAAGCCACGGCUCUACAACUCGCCAACCAACAGCGCCUCCACGCAGGAUUCUAUGGAGGUUGUGCAUGGUCACCUGUCCAUGACGUCCCUGUCUUCCUCUGCCUCCUCGUCCUCCACAUCUUCCUCUUCCACGGGAAACCAUGGCAACCAGGCUUACCAGUUUCGCCAGGUUCCUGCCAGUGUCCUGGGCUUCAGCCAAAAUGGAGGCAUAAGCAUGGGUUUGGGUGCCUUCUCAAAUCCUCGCCAAGAGACCGGCAUUGCUGGACAUCCAACUUACUCUGCUGCCACAAACACAGGACCUGCUCGCUUCAUAACGGAGGGACAUUUGGGUUUGAGACCAGGUAUGGAGAGGGAGGAGUCUCCAAUGCCUGGAGUGUGUGUUCAGCAGAGCUCAAUGGCCAGUUCGUGACUAAGCUGAAAACAGUAUGUUUUCUGUGUAUGAUUGAUUUUUAUUUUAUUUUAUAGUUGAUGUUUCAUUUUCUUCUAUUUUUAAAUGGUGCAUAGAGAACAAAAGCUGCUCACUUUUUAGGGGAGAUAUCACUGAAUUGCUACAAUUGGAGAUUAUUUAAAGAUAGCUAUUUCAAAUAUAUUUCCUUUUUCAGUUAACACAUUAGUAAUGCUGCAAAACCACCAGGGUGAGCUUGAGAACUCCAUCUACAGCUCACUCGCUGCACAUAGUGCUGAUUUUCCCCAUUGUUUCUUCUUAGUUUUUUUUUUUUUUUUACUUUCCUUUCGGUUUGUUUUUGUCUGUUUUAUAGUGAGCAUUUCAUAUCCAAGCGCUGCCACAGAACUCUAUGUAAAGCAAUGCAAAAACAUCCAUACAAGUUCAAAUGGUAAAACAUUUUUGACCUUUUUAAAAUUAUUUUAAAACUUGAUAAUUUAUUUACCCUUUAAGUGAAAACUCAAAAGAGCUGUGUGUUUAAAAACUGUAGCGUGUCAAGGAAGCAGUACUUGCAGUGACCUUUCACGUUGUUUGUAUUGUGUAACUCUUUGAAAGGCGGCACAUGGAAGUGGAGCUCCGGCAGUGAGCGCCAUGGGGUGGGGGAACACCUCGUACUCCAGCUGGGCUUCACAGACUCAGCUGCAGUACUGCUCAGACCGAGAGCUCUCGGACUCCAGGGGUUGCUUUCUCACUAACUGAUGAGGACAUGCACUGUAAAGUGUCAGAUCCAUAUUAAUUAGGGGCAUUGUUAAAAAUCAUAUCGGCCUUAGAUUUUGAAUGAGAACAUGGACAAUAAUGGUUAAAUAAAGAUGGUUUUCCUAUAUUUUUAACAUUUAAAUGGUCCUUAAUUGGUUAGCGGAAUGCUAAACAGAAUAGUGGUUAUUAAGAGGCCUUUAUUACAGGGUCAAGUGUCCUAAAAAGACUUCCUAUAAUUCUUCCCUGAGUGGGAUAUUAAUGAAGGUAGUUGGCCCUAUUUAAGAUGCUUGGUUUUAUUUUAUUUUAUUUUUUUCCCCUUUGAGUAUACAGUUUUCACUGAAGAUUGCAUACUUAAAUUUGCCUCUUCAAUUUUUAGUACAUAAAGAAGUGCUGAAAUUUGUGACUGCCUUUUUCUCCUCUUGAAUUAUGCUGUGAAUUUUACAUUGUUUUUCUUGUUUCUUUUUUUUUUUAUACCAAAGUGAUUGAUUUUAUAGUUCUGUAACCAAUAAUGUAGCAGUUCACUUCAACACAAGGUUUAUUAAAAGUAUAAAUUUUGUCCAUACAAAAUGUCUAUCAGAUACUAUUGCAAACUGGAAUUUUUGCUGAACUUGGUACAUUUUUAUAUUGAGUUUGUCACGUGAUUCACCCCAUCACCUUUUUUUUUAAUGCAUUAUGUCAAAUAGGAACAUAGUUUAGAGAGUUCCUAUCUGCUGCUCUGCAGGCUCCAGAGUAGCUGAGUGAUCUGCAAAUGACAAUGAGGAGAGAGAAUUUUAAGUUUGUAAUUACCUGACCAAUCAAUGGGUAAUGCUGCCUCUAAUAGUUUGAAUAACAUACUAAUUUCUACCUAAGUACCCAAGUAGCUACUCAAAUUGAAAUAUUCAGGCAGUGUACUGUAGCUACUUUGAGUUAAAAUUGUUACACAUUCAAUUUUUAUGUCUGCUUCCUGUAUACUAUUCAAAGGGAAUCUAGAAAUGACUGGCACACGGCUGCCUGGGCACAUGCAUGUUUCGAAGAGGAUCAAUGUUUUUUUAAUCACUUUAUAGUCACAUAAGCAAUUGCUAGUAUUUGCAUAUGCAAUCUCACCUAGACUUUACAGUAAGAUCAGAGAUUGUUAAGUGUUUUCCCACAUACCCUCACACUUGUGUUUGGUGUCAACUAAGACCAACACCUUGCUUAUUACCUCUUUGAAUCUAACAGUUCAACAGACAGCAGGACAUAAAGAAAGUUGUGUUUAUUUUGGUGUUUUGUUAUUAAAAGACUUCACUACCUUCAUAUAAACUGAAUCAUAUUUGUUAUAUUUACAUAUCCCAAGAGUAAUUGUAAUGAGAAUUGUCUCUAAAUGUUAAAAUUGCUUUUAAAAUGUUUUUAUAAAUUAAACCAUUUGAGUGGGAAUCCAGCAGUUUGCUGACCUCAACAUAAAACAUUCCAAAAGAAAAAUAAAAUUAGAGACUUUAAAUGUAUACCUGUUUCAGCUGUUGCUAAGUGACAUCUGAUUUAGUGCAGUUUUCAUAAAAUGCAGCCCCUUUUUAAUAGUUGAAAUAGAAUUUAUGUAUAUAUUUAUAUUUUUUUAAUAAAGAAGGUAUAGAACUCACUACAUUACUCCUGCUGGUAUAUCAGUCAUAUUGUCAUCCUUUUUAUUUCAAUGAGAAGAUGAAAUUUUCCUUUCCUUUGAGUUGGUUCUUUGGUACAAAACUGCUUUUUAAAGAGCACCAGGUUUAAUCAGAAUGACACUUUGAUAAGGAAAGAACAAGCUCUUGUACUGAAAGAUUACUUUCACAGGGUAUAUAGUCUGCUUGUGUGUCCACAAGCUUUCUUUUUGUCUUUGGCCCUUUUGUCCAAGGAAGACCAUGGCUCCUCAGAGCCUGAGUGCACAUAGCAUCAAAAAGAGAAAGAACGCUGAUCCAGGAUUCACAACAUAAACCGUAUCAAUAGGAAAGGAAUUUGGUCUUAGUUCAACACUCCUUUUCAGUGAAGCUUCUGUAUUGAGGGCCCGUUAUUCUAAACCCAUUGUAACACAGUCACUGUUAUGGUUAUGUAGACCCGAGUGACCCCCUGCCCCAAAAGGGUUCAUGAAUUAAGCUCUUGUCCUUUUCUCAAAGUUCUCAGUUUUAUUAAGAUGUUCUGCUGCCAUUUUUUAAAAAUUGUUUUUGCUUUUUUAAUACAUGAAACAUGCACUAUAUAACUGAACAGCAUGGGGAAAAGGAUGUGUCCACAGAUUGUAAGAACUAGUCAAGACUUUGCUGUGUAUAUGAAAAUGCUCUUUGUAUUAUAUAUUCAGUCUUAUGUAUGAUAUAUAUAAAAAAAUAACCUAC